CCCGUCCGUGCUGUCACUUGGCUCCAUCCGCAGCACCCGGCCCCUCCCGCGGGUACCCCAGCGCCCAGCAGACGCCCCAGCCAGACAUCUCUACACCCCAGCACCAUGGGACCUCUGGGCCCCCCAGCCCUCCGCGCCCUACUGGGCUUGGCCUGGGCACUGUUGGGUUCUGUUAACGCACAGAGAGAUUGCACCGGCUGCCCCGAGGUGAGUGGGGGGCUGAUCGCGGGGCUGGUCAUGGGGGACCUGCUGCUGACACUGUUCAUCGCGCUGGCUGUCUACUUCCUGGCCGGCAAGAUCCACCACCAACGGGAGAGCGCACGGGGGGAGGUCAAGAAGUCCCCCAACGCUGAGAUGGAGUCACCCUACCAGGAGCUCCAGGGUCAGAGAUUGGAUAUUUACAGUGACCUGAAGAAGUCGGGAGCCAAUUAUUAAUGCCCCCUCUCCGUCCCACGCCCACUCGGCACCCAAGUGGCUGGUGCCAGGGUGUCAAACUCAUGCAGCCGUCACAGUUUAUCUCCCUGCCACCCGCUCUGAGCACCAUUCUGUGCAAACAUGCAGUCCCCCUCAAAUCUCCAGCAUUGAUCCCACCCUGCAGCUCUUCAGAGAUGCAUUUCCUCUCUGCUGGACUCAUUUAAUCUCCAGUUGAAGCAUCCUGCUUGUCUCUGGAUGAGCGGGUUACAAAGACCCCAGCCCUAGUCCCGGGUUGCGGUUUUGCGAUCUUAACAAAGUUUUUUGGCUGGGAAUUUCCUUCCUUGCUAUUUUUCUCCUCACCGUUAUUGGUACAAUUUCAGCUUUAGCAAAGUUGUUUCUCAGGGAAUUUUCUUCGUUGCUUUUCCUUCAUCGAAGUUAUUGGUACAAUUUCAACGUUAGCAAAGUUUUUUUGCUUGGAAAUUUCCUGACUUGCUCUUUUUCCGUUAAAGUUCUUGGGUUGACGUUAGCAAAGUUUUUUGGCUGGACAUUCCCAAAGUUGCUUUUUGCUUUCCUGAAAGUCUUUGUCCUGUUUCUAUUUUAAGGAAAUUUUUAGCUCGUGAAUUAUCAUAGUUUUUCUCUCUUCCAUUCCGGUUGCCAUUACUCGUCCUAGGUCAGUGUUUACGUGUUUUUGACUGGGAGGUUUCUUGGUUGCCAUUUUUUCCUGGUGAAAGCUAUUGGUACAAUUUUCACGGUAAAGGUUUUUUGGCUGGGAAUUUCUCAAACAUGUUAUUUUUGUUGGUGUUGAAGUGCUUGGUACGAUUUCAAGUUUAAUAAACCUUAUUUGCUGAGA